AUGAACCUGAGGAGGAUUCGAAAACCGGCCCACCCAACUUCUGUCACGAGCGCCGGUGUUCCCAACACCCCUCACCAGCCGAGGCCACUCAAUCAUCGAAAGUUUAUACAUGCCAAAAGUAUACUGAAGGAGUUCCCUCCCCGCACUAGCCCCAAGCAUUCUCGCCCCGUUCCUGCCGCCAUUCUCCCCUCCCCUCUCCCCCGCCUCUCAUUCAACUCUUCCCGCAUCCCAUUCUCCCCUUCCCGCCUUCCAUUCUCCCUUUCCCGCCUCCCAUUCUCCCCUUCUUGCCUCACAUUCUCCCCUUCUUGCCUCCCAUUCUCCCCUUCUUGCCUCCCAUUCUCCCCUUCCUGCCUCCCUUUCCUCCCUUACCUCCCGUCCCUCCCUUCCCUCCCUUCCCGCCGCUCUCUCCCUUCCCUCCCUCUCUCCCAUCCCUCUUCUCUCCCUCCCUCCCUCUCUCCCUCCCUCCCUCUCUCCCUGCCCUCCCUAAUCUCCCCUCCCUUCCCUCCCUUUUCUCCGUUCCAUCCUUUCUCUCCCUUCCCUCCCUUCUCUCCCUUCCCUCCCUUCUCUCCCUUUCCUCCCUUCUCUCCCUUCCUUCCCUUCCCUCCCUUCCCUCCCUUCCCUCCCUUCCCUCCCUUUUCUUCCUUCAUUCCCUUUUCUCCCUUCCCUCCCUUUUCUCCCUUUCUCCCUUCCCUCCCUUCUCUCCCUUCCCUCCCUUCUCUCCCUUCCCUCCCUUCUCUCCCUCGCCUCCCUUCUCUCCCUUUUCUCCCUUCUCUCCCUUCCCUCCCUUCUCUCCCUUUCCUCCCUUCUCUCCCUUCCUUCCCUUCCCUCCCUUCCCUCCCUUCCAUCCCUUCCCUCCCUUCCCUCCCUUCCCUCCCUUUUCUUCCUUCAUUCCCCUUCCUUCUCCCUUUUCUCCCUUUCUCCCUUCCCUCCCUUCUCUCCCUUCCCUCCCUUCUCUCCCUUCCCUCCCUUCUCUCCCUUCCCUCCCUUCUCUCCUUUCCCUCCUUUAUCUCCCUUUCCUCCCUUCCCUCCCUUUUCCCCCUGUCCUCCCCUCUCUCCCUUCCCUCACUUCUCUCCCUCCCCUCACUUCCCACCCUUCCCUCCCUUUUCCCCCUUUCCUCCCCUCUCUCCAUCCCCUCACUUCUCUUCCCUCAUCACAGCCUGUGGUUGAACCAUUACCCUUUUCUUAUUCCCCGCCCUCGGAUUGUUUCCCCUUCCCUGACUAUUUCAGUGACUGACUGCUCUGAAGAUUUCAAGCUUCAACACGCCUCACCCAAUCAUCUCAUGUCAAAGCAGCUACGGUAA